ACCGGCAGAUCCGACUCUUAUAGAGUCGCAACAGUCCCUUCAGUGGAAGAUGACAAUCUUACUGCUGAUGGGCAGUAUAGGUCAAGACGCAAAAUGCCGCCCAAGAAAAAGGAUAAUUUAGAUGAUUUAAAACAGGAAUUGGAUAUCGAUUUUCACAAAAUUACAUCUGAGGAGUUAUAUCAAAGGUUUCAAACACAUCCUGAAAAUGGUCUGAGUCAUGCAAAAGCAAAAGAGAAUUUGGAACGAGAUGGACCAAACGCUUUAACACCACCAAAGCAAACACCGGAGUGGGUUAAAUUUUGUAAGAAUCUCUUCGGUGGUUUCGCUCUUCUUCUAUGGAUCGGUGCAAUAUUAUGUUUUAUUGCCUAUUCAAUUCAAGCCAGUACGGUCGAGGAACCAGCUGACGAUAAUUUAUAUUUAGGUAUUGUACUUUCUGCUGUCGUUAUAGUUACUGGUAUUUUCUCAUAUUACCAGGAAUCAAAAAGUUCGAAAAUUAUGGAAUCGUUCAAGAACAUGGUACCACAAUUCGCUACUGUUAUUCGUGAAGGUGAAAAGUUGACAUUACGUGCUGAAGAUUUGGUAUUGGGAGAUGUUGUUGAAGUUAAAUUUGGUGAUCGAAUACCGGCCGAUAUUAGAAUUAUUGAAGCUAGAAAUUUCAAGGUUGACAAUUCAUCAUUGACUGGCGAAUCUGAGCCACAAUCACGAAGUUUCGAAUAUACACAUGAGAAUCCAUUGGAAACGAAAAAUUUAGCAUUUUUCUCAACGAACGCAGUCGAAGGUACAGCAAAGGGAGUCGUUAUUUCAUGCGGUGAUCACACAGUCAUGGGAAGAAUUGCUGGUUUGGCAUCGGGUCUCGAUACAGGCGAAACACCAAUUGCAAAGGAAAUUCAUCACUUUAUUCACCUUAUUACUGGCGUUGCUGUCUUUUUGGGUGUCACAUUCUUCGUUAUUGCCUUCAUUCUCGGUUAUCACUGGCUCGAUGCUGUAAUUUUCCUUAUCGGUAUUAUUGUCGCUAACGUACCAGAAGGUUUAUUGGCUACCGUAACUGUAUGCUUAACACUUACCGCAAAACGUAUGGCCUCAAAGAAUUGCUUAGUUAAGAAUUUGGAAGCUGUCGAGACAUUAGGAUCAACAUCAACAAUUUGCUCUGAUAAGACCGGUACAUUAACACAAAAUCGUAUGACUGUCGCACAUAUGUGGUUCGAUAAUCAAAUUAUUGAGGCUGAUACCACUGAGGAUCAAUCUGGUGUUCAAUAUGAUCGCACAAGUCCUGGAUUUAGAGCAUUAUCACGUAUCGCAACACUCUGUAAUCGUGCUGAAUUCAAGGGAGGUCAAGAAGGCGUACCAAUUUUAAAGAAGGAAGUAUCUGGAGAUGCCUCAGAAGCUGCUUUAUUGAAAUGUAUGGAACUUGCACUUGGCGAUGUCUUGACAAUCCGUAAACGUAACAAGAAAAUCUGUGAAAUACCAUUUAAUUCAACAAAUAAAUUCCAAGUGUCAAUUCACGAGACAGAAGAUGCUAGUGAUCCACGUUAUCUUCUUGUCAUGAAGGGUGCACCUGAGAGAAUUCUUGAACGAUCCAGUACAAUCUUUAUUAAUGGCAAAGAGAAAUUGAUGGAUGAAGAGAUGAAAGAAGCAUUUAAUAAUGCAUAUUUGGAACUUGGUGGUCUUGGCGAGCGUGUAUUAGGAUUCUGUGAUGUUCUCCUUCCAUCUGAUAAAUAUCCACAAGGAUUUAAAUUUAAUUCCGAUGAUGUUAAUUUCCCAUUAGAGAAUUUACGUUUCGUUGGUCUCAUGUCUAUGAUUGAUCCACCACGUGCUGCCGUACCCGAUGCCGUCGCUAAAUGUCGUUCAGCUGGUAUUAAAGUUAUUAUGGUUACUGGUGAUCAUCCAAUUACUGCAAAGGCUAUCGCAAAAUCUGUCGGUAUUAUUUCGGAAGGCAAUGAAACAAUUGAAGAUAUUGCUCAACGCUUAAACAUUCCCGUCUCGGAAGUUAAUCCACGUGAAGCAAAGGCCGCUGUCGUACACGGUGCUGAAUUACGUGACAUCACGUCAGAUCAACUCGAUGAAAUCUUACGUUAUCACACUGAAAUUGUAUUUGCUCGUACAUCACCACAACAGAAAUUGAUUAUUGUUGAAGGUUGUCAACGAAUGGGAGCUAUUGUAGCUGUAACUGGAGAUGGUGUUAAUGAUUCGCCUGCUUUGAAGAAGGCUGAUAUUGGUGUUGCUAUGGGUAUCGCUGGUUCUGAUGUAUCUAAACAAGCUGCUGACAUGAUUCUGUUGGAUGAUAAUUUCGCUUCAAUCGUUACUGGUGUCGAAGAAGGACGUUUGAUUUUCGAUAACUUGAAGAAAUCCAUUGCCUAUACACUCACAUCAAAUAUUCCAGAAAUUUCACCUUUCUUGGCUUUCAUCUUGUGCGAUAUUCCAUUACCAUUGGGAACUGUCACAAUCUUGUGUAUCGAUUUGGGAACUGACAUGGUUCCAGCUAUUUCAUUAGCCUAUGAACAUGCUGAAGCUGACAUUAUGAAAAGACCUCCUCGAGAUCCUUUCAACGAUAAAUUAGUGAAUCAAAGACUUAUUUCAAUGGCAUACGGUCAAAUUGGUAUGAUUCAAGCAGCAGCUGGUUUCUUCGUAUAUUUCGUCAUCAUGGCUGAAAAUGGAUUUUUGCCUUUGACAUUGUUUGGUAUUCGUAAGCAAUGGGACUCGAAAGCCGUAAAUGAUCUCACAGAUUCAUAUGGUCAAGAAUGGACAUACCGCGAUCGUAAGACCUUAGAAUUCACAUGCCACACAGCUUUCUUCGUAUCAAUUGUCGUUGUACAAUGGGCAGAUAUCAUCAUUUGCAAGACCCGUCGUAAUUCAAUCUUCCAUCAAGGCAUGCGAAAUUGGGCAUUGAACUUUGGUAUCAUCUUUGAAACAAUCUUAGCCGCCAUCUUGUCAUACACACCUGGAAUGGAUAAGGGUCUCCGCAUGUAUCCAUUGAAAUUCGUAUGGUGGCUUCCAGCAUUGCCAUUCAGCUUGGCAAUCUUCUUGUAUGACGAAACACGUCGCUUCUACUUAAGACGCAAUCCUGGUGGUUGGUUGGAGCAAGAAACGUACUAUUAA